GCACAGACCACCACCACAGAAUCCACCCGCCCGCUCGAAAUUUUCCAACAAAAGACCAUCGCGACCUUGACGGCUUCUUCCCCUCUCACCUGCUAGCUUGUCCGUCCUCUCAGCAUCAAGCCCAUCACCGAGGUAUGUGAAACUACUACGACGCCGGAGAAUGUCCUCGACAACAGGAUAAUGCCCUUCGCAAAGGCCCAGGAAAGCAAUCAGCUCGCGAUGGUGAAAGUCGACGACCACUGAUACGCUUCUCCUCGUCGGCAACUGAGCGGGCAGAACCCUUGGGACACCUUUACUGCGUUGUUCCAGAGGGCACUCUCCAUGCUCACGGGGCCUCGAAGGCUAACAUGCAUGGAUCUGGCAGAUACCUCUGAUCCCAUUCCCGAUUUGAGAAUCUCCUCAAACAAACCGUCAAGAUGGUCCGCACUUCCGUUCUCCACGAUGCCCUCAACAGCAUCAACAACGCCGAGAAGGCCGGCAAGCGCCAGGUCUUGAUCCGCCCUUCUUCCAAGGUCAUCAUCAAGUUCCUCCAGGUCAUGCAGAAGCACGGCUACAUCGGCGAGUUCGAGGAGGUCGAUGACCACCGCUCCGGCAAGAUCGUUGUCCAGCUCAACGGCCGCAUGAACAAGUGCGGUGUCAUCUCUCCCCGCUACAACGUCCGCCUCGCUGAGCUCGAGAAGUGGGUUGUCAAGCUCCUUCCCGCCCGUCAGUUCGGCUACGUCAUCCUCACCACCUCUGCUGGUAUCAUGGACCACGAGGAGGCCCGUCGCAAGCACGUCUCCGGCAAGAUCAUCGGCUUCUUCUACUAAGCGGAUGUUUCUCGCUUAAAGUCGGGAAUGAGGAGGAUCUCUAGCAAGCCACGCUUUGGGUGUUGGGGAAGUCGAUGGGAGGAUGAUACCUCUGUCUGGUCUCUGCAAGUAAUGUUGCAGCAUAUAACCCACCUCAAAAAUUGAAGAGCUGGUUCCUCCACCAAUCUCCGUUCAACCUGAUGUCAAAAUCGAGUGAUGUGAUGAAAUGAACCUGACGUGUAGAUGAAAGCGACGUGGUAAAACUGAGUGUAUGUUAAGCAGCUGGAUGAAGUUUCGGACAGGAGAAACCACGAAGCUGAGAAGAGUGGAUUGCCGUCAGUGUGUUUGGCAGCCGCACCACGUUGACAUGGGAAUUGCUUCAUGUUCAACCAGCACCGGGCAUCAAGGCGACGCGUAACACUGCCCCUGAAGCCGUGG